UUUAUAUUAGGCGAUAGUUACGCGCGCUGCAGAGCAAGCGUUUACCGCACGUAAUCUGAUGCGCCGGAACGAACGAUAAGUUAAAAAGGUUCGCAAUGGACAGUGACAGUCGAUUGUUUGCAGAGCUAGACAAAAGCUCCGUGCAUAAGUUACUUCAAAUGGAAGUGUUUAUCUUCGAUUGCAUGUUCUUCUUCACGUUUCUAUAUCUGUUCGUGUACUUAAUAGGACGUCAGAUUUAGAGGUUAGGUGUACGUUGUCCUUCAAUCACUACGGUGAACUGUCACUAAGGUCACAAAUUAUAGUUUCGAAUUACAAACAAAAUUAUUAGCUUUGAUGUCGUUUAGUGGGAUUUAUGCGAAUCACGCAUAAAAUUCAAUCAUGAAAACAAGAAGAACCAUGGUGCUGUGAUUCGGUUUCAGCGUCAUAAAAUGGAAAUAGAAGAGAGAAUCAUUCGCAAGCGAACUUUUCGAAGCUUUUUGCAACGUAUACCGCAGCGUUUAUCAGAAGUAGUAGAACACUUUUUCUAUGGGCUUGGAUUACGAAUUGCUCGACGACCUUUGUCAUGGAUCAUUGGAAGUACCGUGAUAGUGUUAAUUUCCCUUAUUGGUUUAUGUUUCUUUCAUCAAGAGAAAAACCCUGUGAGAUUAUGGGUUCCACAGAAUUCAGACUUUGUUCAUGACACGGAAUGGAUGUUUGAGCAUUUCGAACACGGUUUGAGAGUGGAGAGUAUGAUAAUAACAGCUGACAAUGUAUUAGAACCGGAAAAUCUUGCAGUGUUGAAUGAAAUAACGAAGGAAAUUAUUUCUAUACAAACCUCUGAUCAAAUUGCAUGGACAGAUGUAUGUUUCAAAGUACCUGUCAUAUCAGGUAUUGUACAUAGACCAAAACGCAGCGAACAGUUUGAUGAUUUCUUUGAAAUUGAUCCAGAGAUACAAAUGAAUAACACUAAAUUCGAACCUGCAGUUCACGCUAAUUCAGAACUUUAUUGUAAUAUAGUGAAUAACUUGCCGAAAGCUUGCCUUUUAAACAGUAUUUUGGAUAUAUGGGAGUAUGAUACCAAUGUAAUUCGCCAUAAGUCUAAAGAACAGAUUAUCAAGGAUGUAAAUAAGUCAAAAGUUAGCCCCACUUUGGGCCACCCGCUAAACUUUACAGAAUUAUUGGGUGGCAUAAUAAAAGACAAAGAAGGUAGAAUUAUCUCAGCUAGUGCUGUGAAAACACAAUGGGCAGUUAAUGUAAACUUUUCAAAAGUGGAUAUGGAUAAUUUUGGCAAUGAUAUUGGAACCGCUGAUUGGGCAACAGAUGAUGUAUUACAGUGGGAACUAUCGUAUUUAGAUGUUUUACACAAAUAUGCAAGAUUGUUAAAUAAUAAGAAAAAUGUAAAUAACACGUUAGCCAUUUGGUACGAAGCUGGUAGAAGCUUCGGUGAUGUUACAUUCGUAACAAUGUUCGGAAAUAUUGGUAUAUUAUCAAUAGGAUUUAUUUUGAUGUUUUUCUACGUUCUAGUCAUAUUUUCGGAUUAUACUUGGGUAGGGUGGAGGGUUUAUCUCACGAUUGUCGGUCUUUUGUGCGUGGGUGGUGCUUUUAUAGUUUCGAUCAGUGUAUGUUCUGUUCUUGGGAUUUCAUACGGGCCUGUACAUACUUCUUUACCUUUUUUGUUAUUGGCCCUCGGAGUAGACGAUAAUUUCUUAAUAAUGGCGUCUUGGAAAGAAAUACAUGCACACAAGUUAAAUCGAAAUAAGCCGCUAGAAGAGAGAAUAGCUUUAAUGUUAGGACACGCAGGUUCAGCUAUUAGUAUUACUUCUCUUACUGACGUUGUUGCCUUUAUUAUCGGUGCAUCAACAAUAUUGCCAUCUCUUCAAUCAUUCUGUAUUUACGCGGCGUUUGGUGUACUACUGACAUUUUUAUUUCAAAUCACGUUUUACGUUGCCUUUUUUUCCAUCGAUGCCCGACGAAUCGAAAAUAAAAGAAAUUCAAUACUGCCUUGCAUCGUUCAUCAAAACUUUACACAGAAAUUUAUCACUCCACAAGAAGAACUUCCCGCCAAGUUGAUAAAUAAAUUGUAUUCAAACGUGAUCCUAACGAAACCCGGCAAAAUAAUUAUAGUAUUAAUAACAAUAGUUGCAGCAUCAGCUGGAAUUAUGGGUAUAUUGAAAUUGCAACAAUGGUUUGAUCCAGCCUGGUUCAUACCAAGUCACAAUUACCUAAGCAAAUAUAUUAAUGUACGUCGCACUGAAUAUCCUGAGCAUGGUUAUGAAGCAAUGAUACUUAUGGGAGAAUUCAACUACACUGCCGAGAUUCCAAAGUUAAUAAACUUAUCGGAAACGUUCGCGAAUCUAUCAACCAUACAAACUAUAAAUUCCUGGCCUGUUGAUUUUCGGAAAUUUGUCUUGGCAUAUUUUCAAAAAGAUAUAAGAUAUGAAAUACUAGAAGACACAGAAUUUCAAAAUUAUUUAUCCAAGUUCUUAUUCAGUCGAAAUGGCGGUAAAUAUCAACGGAAUUUCCGUUUCAAAAAACAUUUAACAUGUGGUGAAAAUACUCCACCGAUAUUAUUAAGUACUAUGGAUUUUACCUUCAAACAUUUCUAUGGUCCCCAUCAAUGGAUCCCGGCGAUGGACGAGAGCAAGCAGGUGGCACGUGACAUCGGUGUUGACGGUUUUGUUACAGUCUGGAGCGAGGUAUUCAGCUUGUGGGUCACCGACAAACUGAUUGCCCAAGAGGUUCAGCGUAACGUUUUGUUGGCCUUGAUUUGUGUCAUGGGAAUGACAGGUUUGUUAAUCGCCGAGUUGCAAACAUGCUUCUGGAUCUUUCUCUGCGUACUCCUAACACUCCUGAACGUUUGUGGGUUCAUGCACUUUUGGGGUUUAACGAUAGACAUUGCAUCUUGUAUCGGUUUGGAAUUGGGCAUCGGAUUAUGCGUAGAUUAUGCUGCUCACGUUGCACACGCGUUUAUAAAUGCUGCAUCUGUAAGUGGCAGUGAGGAUCGUACAAAAAGGGCACAUAUCGCAGUAAGGUAUAUAGGUGCAGCGGUUGCAUAUGGUGCUGGUUCGACGUUGCUUGCACUUUCCAUGAUGGCAUACUCGGAAAGUUACGUGUUUCAUGCGUUCCUGAAAAUUUUCCUCUUGGUAAUAUUGUUCGGCCUUUGGCAUGGGUUAUUUCUUCUUCCCGUUAUAUUGAGCACUAUUGGGCCACGCAGUCUACGGUCACUGAGAACACCGGAAUCUCCUGAGAAAGUGGAAGAUGCGAACGACACCGUCACCAGUCCGUUAAACAAAGAGACGGAAAGUUGAACACAAGCCUACGAUGAUUCUUUAUCAAUAAUAUUUAUUUUUGGUUCAAUAAACAUACAAAAUUAUUACACUAUCCGUACUAUUAA